CUGAUAACUAAUGUGCACAGAACUUAAUUACUUUGAUGCUGCCAAUUUCCCCUAACCCUUAUUGGACCCCUUUAAUGUCUGUGACUUAGAAGAUGAGGUAAACAAAACUAGUAUUUAUUUACGCGCUCCGGCAUAUUUGUGUAAUCCCAACCAUGGCACCGCAACUAGGUUAUUGGAAAAUAAAGGGCCUCGUGCAAUCAACCCGGCUUCUUUUGGAAUACCUUGGCGAUGAAUACGAAGAACGUUUAUAUGGUCGCGAUGACGGAGAGAAGUGGCAGAAAGAUAAAUUUAGUCUGGGUCUGGAAUUUCCUAAUCUUCCAUAUUAUAUUGACGGUGAUGUUAAACUGACUCAAUCUCAAGCUAUCAUACGCUACAUAGCUGACAAGCACAACAUGUUGGGUAGUUCUCCGGAAGAACGUGCGCAAAUAUCGAUGCUUGAAGGAGCCGUAAUGGAUAUUAGAUUUGGUGUUUCAAGAAUUGCCUACAAUAAAGAAUAUGAAACUCUCAAAGUCGACUUUCUUAACAAACUUCCUGGAAUGCUGAAGAUGUUUGAGGAUCGUUUGUCGAAUAGAAAUUAUCUAAACGGAAGUUCUAUAACUCAUCCUGACUUUAUGUUGUACGAUGCUCUUGAUGUGGUUUUAUACAUGGAUAAGAGUUGCCUGGAUAAGUUCCCAAGGCUAGUGGAGUUUAAAAAACGUAUUGAGAAUACAUACAACAAGUCGAGCAAAGAAACAGAUUUCUCUUCAGUUAGUUCCUCAGCAGUCGCUGCACACCAAUAUGUGGCUUUACCUUAAAAUUUUACCAAUCAUAUGGUGAUGUUUGCCAGUACAAAAUGUCAGUCUUGGAGUGUAAAAUUUGUACGAGUUAGCAGCAAAUUAUUGUGUGGUCAGUGAUUUGUAAAAUAGUGAUUACCCAGAAGAAUAAGUGAAUGAAUGCCUAAGAUUGCCAGGAUACAAAAAAGUUAGUUGGAUUAGCUAGGAAAUUAGUAACAAUAAAGUAAAAUAACAAUGGCAAGUGACA